GACUCCGCCGACGGUGGCGUGACGUACUUCCUGCCGGAGCGCCUCAACUCCGGCUCGCGUUCGCGGGACGACACGCCGGCCUAUGUCAACGGGGGUCGCGCCCGGGCGGGCUGCUCCUAAUGCCCUCAGUUCUGGCCGGAGCGCAGGUCUCGUCCUUGGGGUUCGCGACGGUUUUGACAGCGGGGCUCUGAGAAUGUCGGGUUGCCCCGGCAAAUCUCCCACGAAAUCCCGGACCAAUCGACCUAGGCUCGGAGCGGACGGAGUUCGGUGGCCGACGCCCCGAGAGGUUCCGGCCAGGCUGCUGGCCGCGGACGGGUCGGGGGAGCGGCGCGCCCGGGACGACGACGGCUGCCGCUCGCCCCCUUUGAGCGCGGAGCAGCGAGACGUCUGUCGCGAGAGAAGCUUCCUGGCGCCCAGCAUCCGCGCCGCCGCCCGGCUGGCCGUCGGCGAGUGCCAGAACCAGUUCCGACACGAGAGGUGGAACUGCUCAACCGGCCGCGGCUCGGCCGUCUUCGGACGCGAGCUCACCAGCGGAACCAAAGAGACGGCCUUCCUGUACGCGGUGAUGGCGGCCGGCCUGGCGCACGCCGUCACCCGCUUCUGUAGCCACGGCAACGCCAGCGAGUGCGGCUGCGACGGGCGUCCGCCGGGGGCCCCGGGGCCGGCCGACGCCUGGCACUGGGGCGGCUGCUCCGACCGCGUCCAGUACGGCGCCCGGUUCAGCCGCCGCUUCCUGUCCGACGGGACGCGGGCGCACGCCCUCCGCCGGAUGAACGCGCACAACAGCGAGGCCGGCCGGCAGGCGGUGGUGACCACCAUGUCGACGGACUGCCGCUGCCACGGCGUGUCGGGCUCGUGCGCGGCCAAGACGUGCUGGCGGACCGUGGCGCCCUUCGGACGCGUGGGCGCCUUCCUGAAGGAGCGCUACGAUCGCAGCGUGCGGCUGAAGAGGAAGGAGCUGCGGACGCGCCCGCCGCCCGACAAGCACCAGUUGAUCUUUGUCAACGAGUCGCCCAACUACUGCGUGGAGGACCGGCGCGGCGGAGUCCUAGGCACCAGGGGGCGGCGAUGCAACCGCACCUCCGGCGGCCCCGACGGCUGCAAGCUGCUGUGCUGCGGCCGCGGCUACAACACGCACGUGGAGCGCCACGUGCGCAGGUGCGCCUGCAAGUUCGUCUGGUGCUGCUACGUGCGCUGCCGCCGCUGCGAGAGCAUGAGCGACACGCACGCCUGCAAGUGACGCCCUCUCCGAAAACGCCUCUUUUGUCCGGCGUUUCCGCCAAAUGCGCCGCUGACUAUUAUUCCGUUUUAUCUCAAACACGGAAGUGCUCUUUAACCCGGAAGCGUUUUCUGUUGGCUGUUCAGGACCAAACUGGGAACUGAAUCAUCAAUUGUAGCGUUGUGGAUUUUUUUUUUUUUUGGCUAUUUAAAAUCGUGGUCUGGAAAAAGCUUUCAAAAUUGGAACAGAUUCUGAAAUGAUUAAAAUGACCAUGAAUUCAAACCUCAUUCGAAUACUCAGAGAUGCGUGUGUGUGCGAUGACCGUGCAGAAGA